AUGGCUGCUGAUGGCGAAGAUGUUGGACCCAAAAUACCCCCCAUUUACCCUAAAACCAAGGAUGUAGAAAAGGCCACCGUAUCCUAUGAUGAUGUCGAUUUUACCAGUGGCUUUGAGACACAAUAUCAAGAGGAAUAUCGUCCCCUGAAGCCAAAAAUUACCGUCCCACCCCGACAAAAUCCGUCAACAAUGUGGUAUCGUGAUUUGAAAACCAUUCUCAUUGUGGUCCUUUUAAUGGCCAUCUUCCUUUUUGGCACCAUUCUUCUGACCAAAUUGGUAUUUACAACAAAUCCGUUGUAUGUCUUUGCCAUAACAUCCGUCUACGUGAUAUUGGCCAUUAUUGGGAUUGUUAUCGAAGUGAAGUCGGUGCACGUACGUUGA